ACGUGACUGUGACAUCAACGUCAAAGAACAGGGCCGUCUCCUUACGUCAGGGCGAGUUCUAUUGUUGGCAAGGCAGAAAGAAGGGUCUACGCCAUGUAUUUCUUUUGAGGAACUCAUCCUCUUCAGCAAAGCCAAACGCGAUCCGGAACGCAAGAAUCUGGAUAUCUAUAUCUAUAAGCAUAGCAUGAAAACGUCAGACAUAGGUUUCACUGCCAAAAUGGGCGAAUCGAGUACCCGAUUUGAAAUUUGGUUCCGAAAACGGAAGCCAAAUGAAACGAUCGUGAUGGAAGCCACGAACCCAGACGUUAAACAGACGUGGGUCGAUGACAUCAGCGCGCAUUCUAUGGAAACAGGCAUUGAGAAAUAGAGAACUUCGUAUGACAGAAAUGGCCGAAAUGGGAAUUGGUAAUAAGCCGUGUUUGGACAUCCGACCAAGUCAAGAUCAAAUUAAUGAUCGGUCUAUCAGUUACGCACAAUUAGCUAAAGCACCGAAAUUCCGACAUUCUGUGUGUGGAUCAAUACUUUCGGACAGUCGUAGCAGCAAGCGGCCUCACUCGAUAAUCUCAGUCAGCUCCUCUGCUUCUUCGGCUUCGUCCGGAAGCGGGAGCGUCAAUGACAAUCGUAGUUCGAACAGUAACGGACAUCAAGACUCGCCAUCCUCUACUGCUUUAGUAGCCAAUUUACAUAACCACAGAUCGAAGACCAACCAAAGCCAAUGCUCUGCAGAGUCGGGAAUUUUAGCCGACCUGUCGAUGAGCUAUGACGACCCAGAAUCGGGUCACUGCCGCAUCGGAAGAUCUGACAGCUCCAUCACCACCGAAUCGGUUGAUUCGGUUACGCUGUCUCCAUCAUCACCUCUGACCUCACCCAAGUCAUGUCCCUAUCCGAAUAUGACGCCCAUUUCUCUCUAUGUGAAUAACAAAUUGAUUCCAUUACACCUUCGCCGUCUCACAAAAACAUGCCCAUGACAGAGGUAUGACGAA